UGAUUGGAUGACGACUUUUACCGAAAGUGGUUCGUGGGAGUUCGGUGCCACUUGAUUGCGUUGUAAAACAAUUCGACAAGUUUUUUAGUUGUGGGGUGUAGGAAGAAGGAAGUGGACGUACUCUGUAAAUUUUCCACAAAAAUGGGCACCACGUCCUCGACCAUCAAAAUCGUCAACGACACAAGCACGGACAUCGUCAACACUUCUGUAUCCGGCUUAGAUAGUUUCGACUUUAAGAACACAAAUCAUCCAAGCAGCAAAUUAAACGGUUUAUCCAUAAAUGCCAAAGGAUCAGUAGAACGCAUCGUGGACCUCUACUCACCUGCAAGCCAUUGCCCUGUGACUGUCACGUUAACUUUCAAAGAUAAAUCCGAAGACACUUUCCGCAUAGAUCUAAAAUAUGUUGUGGGAUGUUGCGCGCGAUUCAACCAUAGCCAAAGAUCACACAAAAUGUCAUAUAGACUCGACAAUAAGAAGAUCAUUGUAACGAUCGAAAACACUGCCGAACAAACCAAGAACGAAGAAGCUGAAGAGUUGUUGAGGAGAGCUAGAGAGGCGAUGAGACGACGGUUGUUUGACCAAGCUCUUGACCAUCUUAGUCACGCUAAGAAUUUAGCAAGUAAAGCUGAUAUAGUUAGGGAAAUCAAGAGUGAAGAAAGUGAGGUUUAUAGUUCGCAUGGAGAUAGUAUGUUCGAAGAAGGUUUAUUUAUGGAAAGAACAGAACGCUUCCAAGCAGCAGAAGGUAAAUUUUCGAGUGCGAAGUCUUUCUUCCAACGAUCGUUGGAGUUGGUGUAUAGUGGAGAGACACAGGAGAAGAUACGUUUUUCCGAAUUGAAGAUAAGUGGAAACAGAAGUACCAAUACAGCUACGGAAUUAGAAAAUGAAGCUUCUGUGAUGGUUGCGAACGAAGAAUAUGAAACAGCGUUGGACAAGUACGAGGCAGCGUUGCGCAAAUAUAAAGAAGCCAAAAGAAAAUUUGAAGAAGGUGGAAGAUCUAGUUAUGUAUAUUUUUCAGAUUCUGUGGAAGCUACAGAAGAACGAAUCGAACAAGUUGACGGUUUUAUAGAACGCACUACAGACGAGAAAAAAAAUAAAGAAACCAAAGAAUUGUUGCGGGAAGCUAAGAAAGCAAAGUCGCAAUCUUUGUACGAUUUUGCUCUUGUCUACCUUGAUCGUGCCAAAACCUCAGCAAUUCGAUCCGAUACACUUGACGAUAUUGAAAACGAGGAAAGCCGAGUUUGUAGUUUAUAUGGGGAGACAAUGUUUAAAGAAGGUUUGGAUUACGAACAAAGAGAAGACUCACAAAUGGCCCAACAAAAAUUUGACAAAGCAGAGUCCUUGCUACGACGAUCAUUGACAUUAGAAAGCAGUAGGGAAACUCAACAGAAGUUGCGUCUGGUCGAAUUGAAAAUUAAUGGUAAUAAGAGUUUGCGGCAAGCAAUGGAGUUAGAAAAUCAAGCCUUGGUGAUGAACGAGAACAAACAAUAUGAAAAGGCUUUGAAUAUUUACCUUGCCGCGCUCACUAUAUACAAAGAAGUUAAAGAAACAUAUUUAGAAGGUAACAGUGGUCAACAAAAGUAUUUCUCUAAUUCCGUUAACGUCGUAAACGAACAGAUCAAACAAGUAGAGGCCACUAUCCAAAAGACUACACAACGGCAACAAGCUAAAGCAUUGAUGAAGAAAGUCAAAGAAGCAAUGAAGCAACGAUUAUACAAUUUAGCGCUUGAACACCUUGAGGGUGCCAAAAAAUUAGCAAAUCAGUCGGAUAUACUUGAGAACAUUAAGAACGAGGAAAGUCGGAUUUGUAGUUUGUACGGAGUGACGCUGUUCGGAGAAGGUUUGGACUGGGAACAGAAAGAACAUUCAGAAAUUGCGAAAAGUAAAUUUGCCAAAGCAGAAUCUUUGUUUCGACGAUCGCUGAGGUUGGUGAACAGUAGUGAAACUCGACAGAAGUUGCGUCUGGUCGAGUUGAAAAUUAAUGGCUGUAAGGGUUUAAGCCAAGGUGUAAAGUUGGAAAAUCAAGCUAUAGAGAUGAGUAAGAACAAAAAAUAUGAACUGGCUAUGAACAAGUAUCAUGCGGCUCUCACAAUGUACAAAGAGGUUAAAGAAAUGUAUUUAAAAGGUGCCAAAAAUCGAAAAAGUUAUUUCUCCAAUUCCUUAAAAGCCGUAAAUAAAAAAAUCGAACAAGUAGAAGCCGCUAUCGAAAACACUACAAAACAACAACACAAUGAAAACGCGAAAGCAUUGAUAAAGGAAGCUAAAAAAGCGACGAAGCAAAAGUUGUAUGCCUUUGCGCUUGAACAUCUUAAGGGUGCUAAAAUUUUAACAAAUCAACCGGAUACACUUACGAAGAUCAAAAAUGAAGAACGUAAUGUUUGUAGUUUGUAUGGUAAAUCGGUGUUUGAAGAGGGUUGGGAAUUAGAGAAGGAAGGACACUCGGAACGAGCAGAAAGUAAAUUUAAAAAAGCAAAAACCUGGUUUCAAAGAGCCAAGAAAUCGGUGAGCAGUAAUGAGCUUCAGCAGAAUUUGCAACUUGUAGAUUUGAAGCUAAGUGGAGACAGAAGUUCCGCCGAAGCUGGCACAUUAAAAUAUGAAGGUGUUAGAGAGGUAAAAAAGAAAAAUUAUGACUCUGCGUUGAAAAAGUGCGUCGCAGCUUUAGCUAAAUGUAAAGAAGCUAAAGAAAAAUAUAAGGAAGGUGCCGGUUGCCGAAAAGAAUAUUUCUCUAAUUCUCUAAAACUGAUAAAUGAGCAAAUUGAACAAAUUAAAGUUACCAUUAGAAACACUGAAGCACAGAUGCGGGAUACAAACGCCAAAGAACUUAUAGAAAAAGCUAAAAGAGCUAAAGAAAAAAAAAUCUAUGACGUCGCUCUCGAACAUCUUAGUCAAGCUGAAGUAUCGGCAAAUCAAACUGAUACGAUUACCGAUAUAAGAAAAGAAGAAAAUGAAGUUUGUCGUUUGUAUGGGACAAUGUUGUUUGAGGAAGGUCUGGAUUCGGAGAAAAAAGGAAAAUUGGAAGAAGCAAAAAUAAGAUUUCAUAAAACGAAAUCUGUGUUACAGCGGGGGAUGAAAUUGGUUGAUUGUGAAGAAACAAAGAAGAAGCUACGUCUUGUCGAAUUGAAGAUCGGUGGAGAUAAGAAAUUUAACAAAGCUGUGGAGUUCGACAACAAAGCUUCUUUAUGUCAAGAUGAUGAACAAUAUAAGGAGGCUUUAGAUCAAUACGACGUCGCUUUGGGUAAAUAUAAAGAAGCUAAAGAAGACUACGUGGAAGGUGCCAAACACGAGGAAGAAUAUUUUGCACGCUCCGUGAAAAUCGCGGAUGAACAGAUCGAGAGAGUUGAAGAUACCGUAAAUGAGAUAAAUAGUGUGCAGAUGUUGCAAGGUCAAAUCAAUGGGCUUAGAAUCGAUAACAGAACAAUUGAGACAGUAGAAGAUGAUAAGGAGGAAGUUGAAUCUAAGUUGCAAAAUACAUUUAUUCAACGUUAAAUUGAUAACGUAUUGUAGAAUUUGUUGUGAUGUAUUUUAAUAAAAUGUCUUUUGUUUUGGUUGUUGUUA